AUGGCGUCCUCCUCCGCUAAACCCUACUGCUGCUCCUCCCUAAACCCCGCCCCCUCCACCCCCCUCGCCAGGCGCGCUGCCCUCUCCGUCCUCCCCGCCGCCAAGCCCCGCCGCUUCUCCCAUGGCCUCGCCGCCGUCGCCGCGAACCCUAGGGCCUCCCGCUCCGCCGUACUCCGCCCCGUCCGUGCGUGCCUGGCGGCACCGCGGCGGCCGGAGUACGUACCGGACCGAAUCGACGACCCCAACUACGUUCGCAUCUUCGACACCACGCUCCGCGACGGGGAGCAAUCCCCGGGGGCCACCAUGACCAGCGCGGAGAAGCUCGUCGUCGCGCGCCAGCUCGCCCGCCUCGGCGUCGACAUCAUCGAGGCGGGCUUCCCGGCGUCCUCGCCGGAUGACCUUGAUGCCGUGCGAUCCAUCGCCAUCGAGGUGGGGAACACACCCGUCGGCGAGGAUGGCCAUGUGCCCGUCAUCUGCGGCCUCUCGCGGUGCAACAAGAGGGACAUUGACGCCGCCUGGGAGGCCGUGCGCCACGCACGGAAGCCGCGCAUCCACACCUUCAUUGCUACCAGCGAGAUCCACAUGCAGCACAAGCUGCGGAAGACGCCCGACCAGGUGGUGGCCAUCGCAAGGGAGAUGGUUGCUUAUGCGCGCGGUCUUGGAUGCCCCGAUGUCGAGUUCAGCCCCGAGGACGCCGGCAGGUCAAAUCGAGAGUUCCUGUAUCAUAUCCUAGACGAAGUAAUAAAAGCUGGAGCGACAACUCUCAACAUCCCAGACACUGUUGGGUACACUCUCCCUCAUGAAUUCGGGAAAUUAAUUGCUGAUAUAAAAGCAAACACUCCUGGAAUUGAAAAUGCAAUUAUAUCUACUCAUUGCCAAAAUGAUCUUGGUCUUGCAAGUGCCAACACAUUAGCGGGUGCUUAUGCAGGAGCACGACAAUUAGAGGUGACUAUCAAUGGUAUCGGUGAAAGAGCCGGAAAUGCUUCCUUGGAGGAGGUUGUCAUGGCAAUCAAAUGUCGACGAGAACUUUUAGGUGGAUUAUAUACUGGAAUUAAUUCGCAACAUAUUACCAUGACAAGCAAAAUGGUACAAGAGCACAGUGGACUUCAUGUACAGCCGCAUAAAGCUAUUGUUGGUGCCAAUGCCUUUGCUCAUGAAAGUGGAAUUCAUCAGGAUGGGAUGCUUAAAUUUAAAGGAACUUAUGAGAUAAUAUCGCCUGAUGAUAUUGGUUUAACACGUGCAAAUGAGUUUGGUAUUGUUCUUGGGAAGCUCAGUGGAAGGCAUGCCGUCAGAACCAAACUAGUGGAGCUUGGAUAUGAAAUCAAUGACAAAGAAUUUGAGGAUUUCUUUAAACGCUACAAAGAGGUUGCAGAGAAAAAGAAGCGUGUAACUGAUGAAGACAUAGAAGCUUUAUUGUCUGAUGAGAUAUUUCAGCCUAAGGUUAUUUGGUCCCUUGGUGAUGUACAGGCAACAUGUGGAACGCUUGGUUUAUCUACAGCAACUGUCAAAUUGAUAACUAUAGACGGAGAGGAAAAGAUAGGAUGUUCUGUUGGAACUGGCCCAGUUGAUGCAGCAUACAAGGCUGUUGACCAAAUAAUACAGAUUCCAACUGUCCUUAGAGAAUAUAGCAUGACUUCGGUCACAGAAGGUAUUGAUGCAAUUGCAACCACUCGAGUAGUUAUCACUGGAGAUGUCAGCGCCGAUAAACCUGCUUUGACUAGUAACUCCAAUCGAUCCUUCAGUGGGAGCGGCGCAGCCAUGGAUGUUGUCGUAUCCAGUGUCCGAGCUUACCUCAGUGCCCUGAAUAAGAUGUCCAGUUAUGUUGGUGCUGUAAAAGCCAGCAGCGAAGCACCUGAAACCAUAAGUGUUCAGACCACAGAGGUAUUACAUGUUAGUAAAGAGCUGUUUGGUGGUGUAAGGGGAUGGGUUUUCCAGCUUGUGUGCAUCUGA